AUGGCACCAAGUCACCUGCAGUGUACUUUUAGUCGUCUUCGCGUACAGGGAUUGCCGAUCACCAAUCGGGCUCCCGACGCCAAGCCAGAAAGAAAUAAUAAAUAUAAAGCUCGUUUUGACUUUCCCACCCGUCUCACCUUGAUCCUUUCGCCUCCUAUCUUGCUCCUGUCAAGCUAUUCUCUCCCCAGUCUUUCGUUUUCAUCUCGAGUCUACAUCUUUACUCGAAUACACUCGUUCAACUCAAGACUCGCCCAAACAACAUCCUCCAAAAUGUCUACCACCACCACCUCCGUCGCCGCCAGCGCCACCGCCUGCAACACCUUGUCCUACUGGCAGGUCCCCGUCGAGGAUGCCGCCUGUGUCCUCCCCAAGACCGGAAACUACUCCGACGUGAUGGACAAGUGCUGUACCCCCGCCAAGGUGACCGAAUUCGACAACGGCUGUGGUCUCUACUGUCUCGCCCAAGGCCAGAGUGUCGGCGACCUCAAGGACUGCCUGCGCAAGGAGGGCGCCCAGGACGGCCGCGAGUUCUACUGCAAGGGCAACGAUACCGCCACAGCCACGGCCUCCGCCCCGUCCUCCACCAAGACCGGCGACAAGACCGGUACUUCCACCGGCAGCGGCGCCUCCUCUACCUCCUCCGACAGCGCCGGCUAUGCCAUCCAGCCUGCUGUCUCCAAGGGUGGACUUGGUCUCUUGGCUAUGGUCUUCUGCUCGGCUUUGAUGGGUGUUAUUGCCUAG